AUGUUCUUUAUCUCGACCGCGGCGCAGCCCUUUGAGGGCGUCGACGCUGCAGAGGUGGCCCGAGAGAGGCAGCGGCUGCGGCCGCUCUCCCCGUCGUGGCCCGAGGGCCGUGGCGAUGGCGACGACCUGCAGAGCCUGCGGCGCUGGUGCUCCGCGCUGGUGGAGCGGUGCACGCGGCCGCGGCCGGAGCAGCGUCCGACCGUCGCGGAUGUCACAGAUAUGCUCGAUCGAGGGCUGGACACCUGGGACGUCUGGGGUUCGGUGGGAGCCGGCGGCGCGCAGGAGGACGUGUCUCUUCAGGCGCAGCCCCCCCCCUCGGAUUCCAGCCUGCACUCGCACCCGUCGUCGUCCGCGCUUUGCGUCGUCUUCGACGCUGCCACGCUCGACGUCCUCGAGACCUCCCCGGCCUUCGACGUCCACUUCGGGGCGUGCCCGCCAGGCUCGGCUGUGAGCAGGUGGCUCUCCCCGGAAGACCUUCAGUCCUUAUGCGACCGAGUCGACAGCUUCUGCACCUCUGGCGCGCCCCGGUGCACCUUCGACUGGGACCCGCGAGGCCUCCAGCUGCCGCACGCCCCAGACACCGCGGUGCCUGACCGCGUCUCGGUCACGCUCGGGGUGAACCGCAGGGGCGAGGAGGAGACAGUCGUGGCAUGCAUUGUGUUUCCCAUGAGCCAAGACCGGAAGAAGCAAACGCUGCACGAACGUACUUUUUCGGAGGACCGCUUGGGUUUUUCGGAUCGGCGCUGA